GGAAUCACAUCUUGAAGGCCGAAACCCUAACCCUAAACUUAUACUAUAUAUUUAUAGAGAAUGAUUUAUAUCCGUAGGUAUCUUACACACACACACACACACAAAGUCAAAUCCGCAUAAUUCAAACGAUCAUGGUUAGAAGAGAAAGAAGCCAAAGUUCAGACAAAAAGAUUAGAGGAGAAAAUUAUGAUUACAUGCCGACCGAUCUCAUUCACGAGAUACUCUCAAGAUUGUCCGAAAAGUCAACAGCAAGGCUUCGUUGCGUGUCGAAGCUAUGGCGGUCUAUUAUACUUAGCCGUCUACGUCUAUUAUUCGUACUCGAACGAGCCAACGAGGAGUUGUUCUUUUUCUCGUCGCCUCUUCCUCAGAAUCCAUAUGAAAAGUCUUCAUCUCUUGUGGUAACUGCUGAUUUUCACAUGAAGUUUUCUCCCGACAUGUGGCCAGAAUUUGGUGGGUUUACCUCUAGUUUGAUAUAUUCCGCUGAUCAUGGUAAGCGUAAGAUAUACAAUAUAAACACAGGACAGUAUGUGGCUUUACCUGAACUGAAGAGGUACAGAAAGCACAAUAGCUUUUUUGGGUUUGAUCCUCUUGACAAGCAAUUCAAAGUAUUGUUCAUGGCUUAUCUAACUGGUCCUGAUGAUCAUAGAGUUCUGACAUUAGGAACAGGAAAAAUGAAGUGGAGAAAGAUCAAAUGUCCGUUAAGACAUGACCCCUUGUGUGAUCAUUCUAUAUGCAUCAAUGGGGUUUUGUAUUACAUAGGUGAAGAAGAUGUAGUAGGUGGUAGUUACUUGAUAAUCUGCUUUGACGUUAGGUCUGAGACAUUCAAGUUUGUUGAAGCAGAAUGCUUUCGUGAUCCAGAAGCUACUAAACUGAUCAACUAUAAGGGUAAGUUAUGUGGGACAGACUUGACAUAUAAUGACUCUGGUGCCAUUGUGUUGUACAUGUGGAUUCUAGAAGAUGUCGAGAGAAAAGAAUGGUCGACAUAUGUGUACACUUUGCCUGUGAACGAUAUCUGUGAGAAAGUUGUUGUUGUUGGGAUGACUAGUACAGGUGAGAUUGUUCUUUCGGAGGAGUAUACAUCCAAACGGUUUUAUGUUUUCUACUUCAGUCCCGAAAGAAACACUUUCCAAAGAGUUGAAAUCCGAGGUCCUGGAGAAUACUGUGAAGCUUUUGAGGAUGACUGCAGAGUUUAUGCAUUUGUAGACUAUGUAGCUAAUUCUAAGUUUAUAACAUAACAUUCUAGCUAGUUCUGGCUAUGAGUGUGACUUCUCAAUCACAGGUUUCAUGUGAGCUUUUAUCACUCUGUUGGCUUUUCAACCUUUUUGUUUCCUGAUUCUUAUUUACACCUUAUUUU